GAGAAAAAGAAGAAGAAGGAGGCACCGCAACAUUUAAAAGAAGAAGCCAGCCUCUCCUGUUUCAGGCCGAAAAUCAAAGGAAAACACAAGAGAGUUUUUCUUUUUUUUCAAAACAAAACUUGCUUCUAAGAAAGAGCUUCUUCUCGAUAUGGAAGUAGAGAAAGUGUUCGAUUUGUUAAAGCUGUUGUUCGUGUCGAUGGUGUUGAUAGUUUUUGCGCUCAAAGGCUUAAUUCUGCUGUGGUGGAGACCCAGAAAAAUCGAACAGCAUUUCUCAAAACAAGGCAUAAGAGGACCACCUUAUCGUUUCUUACUCGGAAAUGCUAAGGAGCUUGUGAGUCUAACGUUGAAGGCCUCUUCUCAACCCAUGUCUUCUUCUGAUCACAACAUUCUUCCCAGAGCCCUCUCUUUUUACCACCACUGGAAGAAGAUUUACGGUGCAACUCUUCUAGUAUGGUUUGGACCAAAUGUUGUUCGGCUAACAGUAGCUGAUCCUGAUCUCAUUAGAGAAAUUUUGACAUCAAAAGCCGAAUUCUAUGAGAAGAGCGAAGCUCACCCGCUGAUUAGGCAGGUGGAAGGCGAUGGUUUGCUCAGCCUCAAAGGGGAAAAAUGGGCUCACCAUCGAAAAAUCAUCACGCCUACCUUUCAUAUGGGAAAUCUCAAAGUACGUAAAACCACCUUCAGGCAGAAAAACAUUUAUUGA